AUGCGACCGUCGCGGCGCGCGUCCGCCAUGGCGGCGCAAACCCUGACCACCACGGUAACGCCAGGGCCGCAAUGCGCUCAUUGCUUCCGUCAUCUGCUGCACGACAUCGCCUACGUCGAGUGCGCCUUUCCCCUAUGCGACAGACUCCCGCUCUGCAUCGACUGCUUCGUCGUUGGCGCAUGCGCCGUCGCCCCGCAUCGCACAAAUCAUCCCUACAGAGUCGUCGAGAAGCUCGAAUUACCUGUGUAUACCCCCGAAUGGUCUGCGCAGGAGGAGACUCGCUUGCUACAGGCUUGCUUGACCUUUGGCCUCAACCAGUGGAAGAAAGUCGCCGACUACGUAUGCACGAAGACCCUUUACAAGUGCGAAAUGCACUACAAUGACGUUUAUUUGCACUCCAAAACUGCCCCGCUACCCUCGGACGAAGCCCUCACCGCCCCCCAACAAGUCCAGGAAGAGACCGUCGUCAUGCAAGCCGCGCCGUCUUCGCCUGCGAUUCAGAACAGUCAUACCACAUUCCCUGUCGCCUCUUCUUUUGUCACGUCCAAAGGAAAGUCGAAAGGAAAGGGUAGGGGGCGCCCUAAGGGCAAGCAAAAGUUCACACCGAAGGGCAAGCGCGUCACCCCCACGGAGCACGAUCCGGCCGCGUCGGCACACUCUAUCCCCGCGCCCCCGCCCGGUCAAGUCCACAAUUCACCAAAGGAUGGACGCUCAUUGCUGAAGAAGAACGACGACCCUGAUCACCCAAACCAACCCGCUGAAGGCGCGCUGCAGGGCUUCUCAUGGCAGCGACAGGAUUUUGAUGUUGAAUUUGAUGACCAGGCUGAGACCCUGAUUGCCGACUUAGCGAUUGCGGAGGAUGAUGAUGAUGAAGUUGUCGCACUUAAGAGUAGGCUCUUGGAGAUCUAUGAUCACCGCUUACAGGUAAGGGAGGCCGUCAAGAAGAUUAUUUUUGACCGUAACUUGCUUGACUUUUCAAACCUUAAGGCUGUUGACCGCCGUCACACUCGCGAUGAAAAAGAACUUAGUGCGAGAUUGCACGCGUUUAAGAGGAUACUGGAUCCUCUCAAGUUUUCCGCGUUUUACGACAGCGUUAUGUUUGAAUAUCGUCUGGCAAAGGAUAUGUAUCUACAUGCGAGUGGCAAAGAAAACGGUUUGCGCACAAAAGCCGAGAUCGAUAUCUAUGAGAUCGAUGCGAGGAGACGUACCGCCGAACUUGGCUUGAUUGACCGCAAGGAACGCGACGCGGCUGACAAGAAGAGUCUCGGACGCACAAAAGCAACUCCGUCUCCUGCACUUGUUUGUGCCGAAACCCGCCUUCAAGGCAUCGACCCAGGCCAGAAUAGGGAAAGCACACCAUCCACUCCGGCUUUGAAUACUAAUGGGACGCCGGCUGGCUCCACCGAGAAGGGCUCGCCUGUAGGUGUGGCUGCGAGUCCAUAUGCGACUCCGGGCAGUCCAAAAGAAUCCAAGACGGCGAGGCUUCGGCGCACGCGAGAGGCAAAAGUGCUCGCAAGGAGUAAGUAUCCACAAGUCAGCGCUAUGCGAGUGGAUAGAGAAGAGGGCGUAUCAGCCUUGACAGAACCCGAAAAGACGCUCUGUUCGGCCCUCAGAAUGCUGCCGAUGGAUUUCCUGAAGCAACGAGACGCAAUGUUACGCGUAUCGGAGCAACUUCUCUCAGAAAAAGAGCGCAUGGAACAGAGCAAGAACUUGAGCUCCAAUGUCCCCGAAUUCGCCUUGAGAGCUGGUGCAUUUUCGUCAACUGCCUGCAAGAGCGGUAGUAAAUCAGUCGAGACGGUGGCCAUUGCUAGUGUCCCAGUCACUGCGGGGCUCACAGUCACGACUAGCAUCACACGAACAGGAACACGGGAAGAUCACAUCAUUAGCGGUUCUCGGCAUCAAAUCAAAAUCCUUAACGUCACGCCGAACAGCGACAGCGUAGGCAGGGUAUGUCAUGCGACGCUUCCAGCUGAUUCCACAGUCGCUCAGGUGGAGAUUAAACAACAUGAGGCUAUGAGCCAGGAGAUCCAGAUGCACUUGACGUAUUGCGGUGCACCGGAAUUCAACCGGGAAGAAAAAAAGCAGGAAGAAGAAGUUGAGACAAACGUCCAGUGCGUAAAGGUCGAAGACAAACUCAGAAAAGAACUAGGAGAUGGUGUGGCACUAAGUCGUCCGCACUCCACGACAGUGAGACUUCAACUUAAGCCUCCCCAAGUUGAGAAGUCUGUGGCACGCAGGCUGGAUGUCAGCAACUUCACAACUACUCACCUACCCUCCUCCACCGGUGAUGGGUUGAAUCAAGGUGAGCAUCGCUUAGAUGGUGGGUCUGCGCAACUGUCCGCUGCGACGAAGGAAACCCAACCAGGUCAUAACAGCGCAAUAGUGACACCAGCCAGAAAACGAGGGAGAAGACCGAGCAGCAUACGGCGCUCCUCGCGACGUCUUGUUGAUGAGAAAUUAUGGACGAAGAAUAAGACUGACGAAGCGGUGAUCGCAACGAAUACGCAGUCCUUGCAAGAAGAGAAAACUGUGCUGGAAGGAACGAGAUCUGGAACAGGCCCGACCGCACCACACGAAAAGCACAAAGACGAUGAAGUAGAAGAAGUGAUUCCAACUAUUGACGGGCAAGGAGACAAAACAGGGAGAAAUAUCUCUGCGCUUAGGUCAAGGGAUCUUGCAGCGCAGCUUCAUCGCAACCCAGACGAUGAUAAUGUUGUACGGGUACCUAAGCUUGAAGUCACUGAGGAAGUUUUGGAUGGAGGUGACGGAAAUGACGUACCCAAACAGGGCCCAGAGAAAAUAGCUUCAGCAGUAGAGGUCAUUGAAAUUGCGUCUACAAGCGGUGAAUCUGAAGUGCUGGCGAAGCCGAGACGUGGAAGGCCGCGGAAAUCGGCGAAGGCUCGGAGAGAUGCGCAAGUGUCCAAGGUCACAGACGGUCCAGUAAUUCGUAGACCGAGACACAGGCGAGGCGCGAGUGGGCGAAAAGUCUCUGUAGUAUCUGAUGGAAAAGGAUUGCGCCCGGGUGGGUUAAGGUUGAGGCUGAAUUUGGUCCCAAGCGAGGCAGAGAGUUCGGAAAAGUCAUCCGUACCGUCGACCCCAGUUGCAGAGGACGACGAGGACAAAGACUAUGAAUUAGAAGAAACAAGUGAAGACCAAGAUACUCCAACUCGCGCAGAACCAAGGCGUCCAGAAUCUCAAGACGUACUGUUCACACCAACUAGAAAAUCGUCCAGAUUAAGUGAGCGUCUUCGUGAGGUCGAGAAACCUCUUGUCACAGUCUCGCCCUCAAGGUCACCGCGGUCACCCGAAAAGGAGUCCAAGGCAUCACCCUGUGUAGAUGAGCCAGGGCUCUCGACGCCGGAGCAGCCUGUGAAAAGAAAACGCGGACGACCUCGCAAGUAUCCAAUUGGGCAGAGUCCGUCCGCGCGGGCAGCAUCUGGUCGUAAACCACCUGUGACACCGCAUACUGGGAAAAAGCGAGGUCGUGCUUGCCUGUCAGAGAUUGGGCAGAACCGUCCAAGUAAGACGAGGCGAGUGUCAACAAAUGUAUACGAGUUGCGACGUAGACGUUAGAGUACUGCACAUAAUGCACCAUGAUUAAUUUUCUACUAACAAGGAUCUAACUUUCCGGGCAUCGGUCUCGAAGACGACUGCCGCGUUGAGCAGCGUAUGA